AUCCAUUGAAUCCUUGCUCUGAACCUGUAACUUAGAGUCCUCGAUUCAACUUGAUUGCUCCUUCACGUCCCCCCGCAAGCUAUUUUCACCCUUAUCUAUCUCGCCAUGGAGUACAGACAACAACAGCCCGUCUCGGACUCAAAAGUCAAGAUCCAGCCUCGAUUGAUUAUCCACGGCGGCGCGGGAAACAUUCGUCGCAGCAACUUUCCCGCCGACAAAUAUGCCGCCUACCGCUCCUCUCUUCUAUCAAUUGUCUCCAAAACGCGAGACUACAUGAAUCCUCCCACGCAAUCAUAUCCCAGCGAAAAACACGCAGGUCACCCUUCCGCACUGGAAAUCGCCACUCAUGCCGUUGCGCAACUGGAAGAUAACCCGCUGUUUAACAGCGGCCACGGCGCAGUCUUCACGCGCGACGGCAUCAACGAGCUCGAGGCCUCCGUCAUGGUCUCGCGGGGCUUCAAGAAGCGCGGCGUAGGCGUCAUGGGAUUACGAAGAGUGCGCAAUCCGAUUCUCUUGGCGCGCAAGAUGCUUGAGCACGGAGAGCAGGAUCUUGCGCCCGCGGGCUCUGUGCCGUCAUCGUCGACUUCGUUGUUGGGGGGUCUUGGUGGGGAUGGGGAUUUGGAUGUUCCGUCUGCGCAGGGACAUACACAGCUUCAUGGACAAACGGCGGAGCAGUUGGCGAGGAUGUAUGGGCUGGAGAUGGUGGAGCCGAGUUACUUCUUUACGCAGCAGCGCUGGGACGAACAUGUUCGUGCGUUGGAGCGGGAGGAAAAGGGGUUGAGCUCGGGGACGUGGCAUGCGGAGGAGUAUCUUCCUCAGGGAACGUGCGGAGCGGUUGCUUUGGAUGCGGACGGCGUGAUAUGCGCUGCCACGAGCACGGGCGGGAUGACGAACAAGUUGACGGGCCGGAUUGGCGAUACGCCCGUCGUCGGGGCUGGAUUCUGGGCUGAGGAAUGGGAUGGGCAGUUGGAGAAGCUUGUUCUGACGACGGAGCCUGGGGUGAGCUUUGUUGGGCCGUUGAAGGGGUUGCUGGCGGAUUGUUUCCCCACGCCGUGGAUGUAUUCACCGGCGAACCAGCACGUUCCCUCGUCUUCGACACGAUCCAUGGGGUUCUCGGGGACUGGCAACGGCGAUUCAUUUCUUCGUGUCAACGCUGUGCGGACUGUCGCCGCUAUUGCGCGAUACGCACCCGCUCCUGGUAGUAAGGCGCUGGCGAAAGUGGCCGGCCAGGGAGGCGAGUUGCAGAAGAGUGCGGGAGAUCGAUGGGGCCGGACGGGAGAGGGCGAGGGCGGAAUCAUUGGAAUUGAGUGUGUUUUGGAGCGGGAUGAAGACGGCGGUGUUGUGGGCGUGAAGUCCGAGGUGUUAAUGGAGUAUAAUUGCGGGGGAAUGUAUAGAGCUUGGAUUGAUGAUGAUGGGAGAGCGGUGAUGAGUAUUUGGUCGAAUGGUUCUGCAGACGAACUGUGAGAUGAAGAUCAACGGGUGCCCAGUAAUAGAGAUUUAGAUGAGAUGCAACCAAGUGCAGUUAUUCAAGGGGACUAUUGCCCCAAUUC